AUGAUUUCAAAAAUGUUUUUCGAUUGGGUCUGCACCGAAGGUGUGGUCAAAUGUGAACAGGAGGGAGGCGGAUCGGGCACAAGCGAUUCCUCAGGUGGGGAUCCCCAAACGAGUCCAAAGGGAGGUGAGGCUGCCUCAUCUGCUCACGGUUCACAAGGAUCAAAGGAAAGUGUCACACCAGGUGGAAGCCAUGCUCAACAGGAAGCAGCAGCUCCAGAGAAAACACUAGUUCCACAGGAAUCACCAGCUAAAGAGGGUGGUGCACCCCCCAGUGUUCCAGAAAACCAAGCACAUAGCCCUCAAACACCGGGAGGACCCCCUCCAACUGCAUCCAACAUCAUCGGUACAGGCGUUAGCAAUAAUGGAAGUCCCCCACAUGCAGCCGCCACACCCGGGGGUGAUAACCCCAAACAGGAGGAAGCCACAACUGCUUUGAAGCCCAUUCAAGUAAAGUCAGCUCUGCUGAAGGACCACAAAGGAGUGAAGGUCACCGGGCCGUGUGACGCCACCUUCCAGGUUUACCUCGUGCCCUAUUUGUACAUCGACGUGAAUGCCAAAAAUACAGAAAUAGAGAUGGACCCCAUGUUCACCAAAGUGGAUAAUAAGAUCAAAUUUGAAGAAGGAAAGCACCGCCUGAUGAACAUUUGCGAGAAGGGAAAAACCUUCAAGCUAGUGGUGUACAUGUACGAGGACGUUUUGACCAUAAAAUGGAAGGUGUACGCUCCCAAAGGGGUGCCAGCAGCGGACAAGACGCUGGACGUGCGAAAGUACAAAAUGAGGGACAUCGGCAGGCCGAUCACCUCCAUACAAGUGUUGGCCACGUCCAAAAACGACGAAACUGUUCUGGUCGAAAGUAAAAAUUACUCUGUGAUGGAGGAGAUACCGGAGAAGUGUGACGCGAUUGCCAACGAGUGCUUCCUGAGCGGCGUGCUGGAUGUGCAGAAGUGCUACCACUGCACUUUGCUCCUGGAGAAGAAGGAAAAUGCGCAGGAAUGCUUCAAGUUCAUUUCGCCCGAGAUAAGGGACCGCUUCGAUGAUAUCAAGACCAAGGGAGAGGACGAGGAAGACCCAAACGAAGCAGAACUGGAAGAGUCUAUUCAUACCAUUUUGGAAAAAAUGUACCAAAAUGGAGGAGCAAAUAAUGAGGUUAACCAUUUGGCCAUCUUGGAUGACACCCUUAAGGAGGAGAUACAAAAUUAUUGUGCCAUGAUGAAGGAGAUGGACACCACUGGGGUGCUCGAAAACUACGAAAUGGGGAACGCAGAUGAUGUGUUUGGAAAUAUAGCAAAGAUGAUGGGGAAAAAUGGAAAUUAUAGCGUCUCUUCGUUGCCAAAUAAGAUGAAGAAUGCGGCCAUUUGUUUGAAAAGCCCUGACGACUGGGUGGAAGGCAAAACGGGGCUGAUGCUCCCCAACUUGGUGCCUCCCUAUUUGGUCCACAACAACGUAGAGGAUGUCACCACCUCAUUAGAGACAUCCUCAGAUGGAACGACUGCCUUCAAGCAAGACGAUGAUGGUACUAUCGAUUUGACCAACCUGGACUGCGUAGAUGUGCACCCCAGUGUGCUCGCGGAUAAGAUGCACUGCAAUGAUGACUACUGCGAUAGGGCGAAGGAUACCAGCAGUUGCAUGGCCAAAAUUGAGGUGGAGGACCAGGGCGACUGCGCCACCUCUUGGCUCUUCGCCUCGAAGAUGCACCUCGAAACGAUCAAGUGCAUGAAGGGUUACGAUCACGUCGCUAGUUCUGCCCUCUACGUGGCUAACUGCUCCGAUAAGGAAGAGAGCGACAAGUGUCAAGCGGCGUCAAACCCGCUCGAAUUUUUGGACAUCCUGGAGGAGACCAAAUUUUUACCAGCCGAGUCGGACCUACCAUACUCUUACAAGCAAAUGGGAAACGCCUGUCCGGAGCCGAAGAGUUACUGGCAAAAUCUUUGGGCUGACGUGAAGCUCCUAGAAAAGCAGUAUGAACCCAACGCGGUUAGCACCAAGGGGUACACGGCCUACCAGAGCGACCACUUCAUGGCCAACAUGGACGCGUUUAUUAAGAUGGUAAAAUCUGAGGUGAUGAAAAAGGGAUCCGCAAUAGCCUACGUGAAAGCGGCAGGAGUGAUGACCCACGACAUGAACGGCGUGGAUGUGCACAGCUUGUGUGGCGGUGAAACGCCAGACCUCGCAGUUAACAUAGUGGGUUAUGGCAACUACAUCUCCCCGGAGGGGGUGAAGAAGUCCUACUGGCUGAUGCGAAACAGUUGGGGCAAAUACUGGGGGGAUGACGGCACCUUCAAGGUGGACAUGCAUGGACCGCCUGGAUGCCAACACAACUUCAUCCACACCGCCGCCGUCUUCAACCUGGACAUGCCCCUCGCCACGCACUCCAUCAACAAGGACCCAGAAAUAAGCGACUACUAUUUGAAGAAUUCGUCUGAUUACUAUGAGAAUCUGUAUUACAAGAAGUUCCAGGGAAGUGGCGCCACGGGGGGAGCCGGUAAGCAGUGGGUGCAGGGAGCCUCCACUGUGUAUGGGCAAGAGGGUGAUCCAAAAGUGGCUGAUGAAGCGGGAGGAGAAGCAGCACAGAGCAUAACUACCCAUUCAAGAGCUGAACCCGCAGGAGAUGCACCCCCUUCAGGACCACCUCAUGCAGGAACGGACUCAGAACAGGGAGAAGGAACAGGACCUACGGAUGGAGAAGGACCAACGCGGGUUGUAGAUGAAAAAGCACAAGCGGGAGGACCACUCACAAGCCCAGGAACUUUGCAAGAUGCAGUCGCACCAGGUGGACCACAAGGACCACCAGAACAAGGAUCACCAGGAUCACCAGGACCACAAGAAACACCAGGACCACAAGGACCACCAGUACAACAAGGAUCACCAGGACCACAACUACCACCCGUACAACCCACAGCGCCUGUACCACCCGUAUUACCGGUACCACCCGUAUUACCGGUACCACCCGCAGCGCCCCUACCUGGCGCCCCGACCAACAGCACCGUACCCACCACCGAGUCGGAGGUGAAAGAAGUUCUUCACAUCCUGAAGCACAUCAAAAAGGGCAAAGUAAAAGUGGGGCUAGUCACGUACGACACGGAGAAGGUGAUUGGCGCGGAGAAGGUUUGCUCCAGAGCGUAUGCCGUGGACCAUGAGAAGCAAGAAGAGUGCGUUGAGUUUUGCGAAGCGAACUGGGACGCAUGCAAGGGUAAAGUGUCUCCCGGGUACUGCUUGACGAAGAAGAGAGGAAGCAACGACUGCUUCUUCUGCUUUGUGUGA